AUGGCUGUCAUGUUGGGGCUAAAUUACACCUUUGUGUCAGAGUUCAUCCUCAUUGGCUUCUCUACCUUCCCUCAUCUUCAGCUGAUGUUCUUCCUGCUGUUCCUGCUCAUGUACCUCUUCACACUGCUAGGCAACCUGCUCAUCAUGACCACCAUCUGGAGUGAACACAGUCUCCACACACCCAUGUACCUCUUCCUGUGUGCCCUCUCCAUCUCUGAGAUUUUCUACACCUUUGCCAUCAUCCCACGUAUGUUGGCUGACCUGCUCUCCACACUUCACUCCAUCGCCUUUCUGGCCUGUGCCAGCCAGAUGUUCUUCUCCUUCACAUUUGGCUUCACCCAUUCCUUUCUACUCACCGUCAUGGGCUAUGACCGCUACGUGGCCAUCUGUCACCCACUGCGAUACAAUGUGCUCAUGAGCCCCCGUGGCUGUGCCUGCCUGGUAGCCUGGUCCUGGGUUGGUGGAUCAUUCAUGGGGACAGUGGUGACAACAGCCAUUUUCAACCUCACCUUCUGUGGACCCAAUGAGAUCCACCAUUUCUUCUGCCAUGUUCCACCUCUAUUGAAGUUGGCAUGUGGAGAGAAUGUAUUGGAGGUGGCAAAGGGUGUAGGAAUAGUGUGCAUCACAGCCCUCCUGGGCUGCUUUCUCCUCAUCCUCCUCUCAUAUACCUUCAUUGUAGUUACCAUCUUGAAGAUACCAUCAGCUGAGGGUCGGCACAAGGCUUUCUCCACAUGUGCAUCCCACCUCACAGUGGUGGUUGUACAUUAUGGCUUUGCCUCUGUCAUUUACCUCAAGCCUAAGGGCCCCAAGUCUCUGGAAGGAGAUACUCUGAUGGGCAUCACCUACACAGUCCUCACCCCCUUCCUUAGUCCCAUCAUCUUCAGUCUCAGGAACAAGGAGCUGAAAAUAAGUAUGAAGAAAGCUUUCCUCAAGAAAUUAUUUCCACAGAACUCCUAAAGACAAUGGCUUACCAGUGGGAGUGUAGUAGGGAAAAAUUCUCUUACUCUUCUCCCUUUGUCCUUCCAUUCUGCUUCUCUUUUUCUAUACAUUCUCUUCUCCUCUCCUCUCCUUUUCUCUUUGUUCCU